ACUCGAUCCAUAGCCGUCUGAUGCGAGGCCACUUUAAUCAGACGGCACAGAUGCACUCAACGACUUGCUGCUGAACUGAGCGAUAAAUUACCCGUUUCAUUCUUCACUUGUUUCACUCACAACUUCUGAGUCUCUCUCAUCUGAAAGUAAGUCAAUAUGGCUCACCAUGAAGACUCAAAUGCUUGGAAUUCGGGUUUACCUCACCCUAAGCUCAAUGAAAGAAUACUUUCUUCUCUGUCGCGGAGAACUGUUGCUGCUCACCCCUGGCACGACUUGGAGAUCGGGCCAGGAGCUCCAUCUGUUUUCAACUGUGUGGUUGAAAUUGGCAAAGGCAGUAAGGUUAAGUAUGAGCUGGACAAGACAAGUGGACUUAUAAAGGUUGAUCGUAUUCUUUACUCAUCAGUUGUCUACCCACACAAUUAUGGUUUUAUCCCUAGAACCAUCUGUGAAGACAGUGAUCCUAUGGAUGUGCUGGUUCUAAUGCAGGAACCCGUGCUUCCUGGUUCCUUCCUUCGUGCUCGUGCUAUUGGACUAAUGCCCAUGAUUGACCAGGGUGAGAGGGAUGACAAGAUCAUAGCAGUUUGUGCUGAUGACCCUGAGUUCCGUCACUACACGGACAUCAAGGAGCUUCCUCCACAUCGGCUAGCUGAAAUCAGAAGAUUCUUUGAGGACUACAAGAAGAAUGAGAACAAAAAAGUUGCUGUUGAAGACUUUCUACCAGCUGAAGCUGCCAUUGAUGCCAUCAAGUACUCCAUGGACUUAUAUGCUGCUUACAUAGUUGAGAGCUUAAGGCACUGACAUCUUUCGAAACUGAAUAGCCAAUUUCAGUGAUCUCUAAUCAAUUAUGUAAACGUGAAUGAAACCCCAUAACAUUCUGAUUUCCGUGCCGUUGUGUUGUGGCACUUGUGCUGCUUGGCUCUUGACACUAGACAAGGGUGUCUAAAACUUUUGCUUUGGAAUGCGGUUGUACUGCCACCUAAUAACGAGCUCAUUUCUAGUAAUACAUGAAUGAAUUUUCAGUUAAGCAAAUUCCUCCGGUAUUAGUGCAAGUUUGGUUUUAUGUGUAGAAGCUACAAAUGAAUAAAUGAUAGUUUCUGCAGUUUUUUUCUUCAA